AAUUAUUCGAGAAACUUUGACCAAAGUCAGGAAGGUGAGCACCGAAGCUACGAUGGAGCUGGAGUCGAUGUAUGACUCGGACAUGUCGUCCACUCUCCAAGACCAUGUGGAGGAACUAUCUAUGGAGGAUUUAGAUGACCAUGCACAUGACUUGAAGAGCACGCCAUCAAUGAUAUCGACGACAGCUCUGACCGCGUCCACGUCGCCAAAAAUGGCGGACGGGAGCGACCAGUCAUGGUUACGCCGUCUGGAGAGGGACAUGGACACCAAGUUGCUCGUGGAUGCAGAAAGGAUCAACGAACGCAUCCAGCGACGCAAGGCGCACGAGGAGGAGAUGCAGCAAUCCCUCGCCAGCUUUACGAAUUCCGCGCGUGUGUCCGCUUCGUCGUCGUCCGCGGCCGCGCCAAGCGCGCACUCGUCCACAAAGUCCAGUUUCACAUCGAUGGCCAACGCCAAUGCGUCGUCGUCCGACUCGACAGAUGACGUCCUUCGUCAGGUGACCACCGCGCACCAACCUCCCCAAGGCGUCGACGAGUGGAAGGAAGCAUUCACCGAAGACGGCAAGACGUACUACUACAAUCGCCGGACACGUGAAACUUCGUGGACAUGCCCCGAGAAUGCCAUUGUUGUCAAUCGAAGUGCCACUGCCGCGCCGACGCCUGUCGACCACUCGAUGGUCGGUACCUCCACAGACAGCGUUGCUACCCCCGCCACGACGACGACUACCACGACCACAGUGACCAUGCACCAGUCGAAGAAGAGCAUGUUUUGCAUGUUUUGCGGUUUGGAGUGCCGCGUAUGGGAGCUCAUGCCUCACAUGUCGUCGUGCGACCUGCUUCGAACCAACAAAGCGCAGCGCACGGCCAUGUACGAAGAAGCCGUGGACAUUGCAAGCGCGUUGUUAAACAAGCAGACGAGUGAUGCCGACACGCAGACAACCGACCGGUAUCUGCAUUAUGCGUCCUUGUACUCGCUCCAUCAUGACGGCCGCGACCAGAGGGGGAAUGUAUUGGAUCCACUGGCCCUGCUCAAGCAACGCCGCCGCCAUACCAUGCAACCGACAACGACGUCGUCGAGUUCCACCCCCCGUCGCCAUCAACGGGACGACGACGACGACCACGAUGUGAUGCACUUGAACAUCGACGAUGACACAAAGUUGAGUCUCCUGCGACUCAAGCGCUCGACGGAAGCAGCCCAAUCCCGUCGUCAGGAUGUGUCUGAACAGUGCCGAUACUGCCAUCGGAGCUUUGCCGAGGGCCGAUUAAGCAAGCACGAAGCCGUGUGUCCGCGGGUAUUUGGCUCGGAAAUGACAUGGAACAACCACCAAGGCAAGAAGGACACUGCCAAUAAGUCGUUGAAAGCCACGACCAAUGCAACCCCGAAACCCCGACCCAAAGCACCGACGCCACCGCAUCCAAAGUCGAGUUUAGCUGGGUCGUUCCACGAGCAUCAGGCGACGCUUGUCACGUGUCCAUGCUGCCAGCGAAAGUUUGCGCCGUCGGGGGCGCAGCAGCACAUUGACAUUUGCCAACACGUGGAGAACAAACCCAAGAAAAUCACGGCCAAAGCAUAUGUAAUGGCUGGAUAAAACAGACGAUAUAAAAAAACCUAGUCAAUGCAAUAAAUGCUAUUUAAAUUGCACUUAUAUAUAUACAGUAUAUAUCCAUGA